CUCAGCCGCACUGGGUUGCCUUCAUAUCUUCUGAUGUUGUUUCUUCUUUGCUCUCUACAACAGGUGCUAGAUGGUUCCCCCAUUGAAGUGACCCUAGCCAAACCAGUGGACAAGGACAGUUACGUUAGGUACACCCGAGGCACGGGCGGAAGGGGCGCCAUGCUGCAAGGAGAUUACACCUACUCUUUGGGCCAUGUUUACGAUCCCACCACAACCUACCUUGGAGCUCCUGUCUUCUAUGCCCCUCAGGCCUAUACAGCAAUUCCCAGCCUUCAUUUCCCAGCCACUAAAGGACAUCUUGGCAACAGGGCCAUUAUCCGAGCCCCUUCUGUUAGAGAAAUUUACAUGAAUGUACCUGUAGGGGCUGCGGGAGUAAGAAGACUAGGUGGCCGUGGCUAUUUGACCUACACAGGCCUGGGUCGUGGAUACCAGGUCAAGGGAGACAAGAGAGAAGACAAACUCUACGACCUUUUACCUGGGAUGGAGCUCACCCCAAUGAAUCCUGUCACUUUAAAACCCCAGGGAAUUAAACUUGCUCCCCAGAUAUUAGAAGAAAUUUGUCAGAAAAAUAACUGGGGACAACCGGUAUAUCAGCUGCACUCGGCCAUUGGACAAGAUCAACGGCAACUAUUCUUAUACAAAAUAACCAUUCCUGCCCUGGCCAGCCAGAAUCCUGCCAUCCACCCCUUCACGCCUCCGAAGCUAAGUGCCUACGUGGACGAAGCCAAGACCUACGCAGCAGAGCACACCCUCCACACCCUGGGCAUCCCCACCGACGGGGCCGAGGCCCCCACCGCCCCCGCAGCCGCCGCUGCUUUCCCAGGAUACGCUGUCCCUAACGCAAGUGCACCUGUGUCCGCGGCCCAGCUCAAGCAAGCGGUGACCCUUGGACAAGACUUAGCAGCAUAUACGACGUAUGAGGUCUACCCCACUUUUGCAGUGACUGCCCGAGGGGAUGGAUAUGGAGCCUUCUGAAGAUAUCUUUCUUUUAAUUUAAGAAUAAGACACACACAACUCUAUCCGGAAGAAAUAAACCUCUCACUCAGUUUCCUUACGAUCACAAGUAAUACUUUUCCUAAAGCGAUGCC